AUCGUGUCCGUCUCUCGGCUCGUCUUCUCUCCGGUGUGCAGCUGAGCUCGACGCUGACGUCACUCUGCGGUAUGUUUGUGUACCUGUGUACGUCAUAAAGAACAUGUGAGUCUGAUAUGUUUCCUGCUGCGCUCACCUGGUGGAAACUCACCUGAGAGAUGACGUAUGGACCCUUCAGGUGUUCUGUGGUCGGAUAUAAAGCAGCAGAGUGAAGAGGAAGAGGAGGGAUCAUGCCGAAGAAAGCGAAGAAAGGUGGAGGUAAAGGUGGAGGAAAGACGGAGGAGGAGAGGCUGCUGUACCUGCAGCAGAAAGCUCAGGCGGAGGAGGAGAUGGCCAGGCAGAAAGAGGAGAUCCUCACACAGUUCCUGAAGGACAAGUUGCAGAGGGAGGAGAGGAACACGGCGGUGAACCUGCUGAAGCUGAACGAAGGCUGGAGGUCGAUCCUGCGUCAGACUCGGACCGUCGAGCUGCGUGAAGACAUCGCGGUGCUCAGUCAGACGUUUGAGAGACGCCUGGACGCCCUGGACAGCAUCAUCAGGAAUCUGGAGGGCGACCUGCAGGAGGCGGAGCGUCAGGCAGCUCAGGUGCGGCGGCUUCACCUGCAGCAUUUGGAGCGUCUGCGUGCUCAGCGAGACAAACGGCUGAUGUUUGUGCAGCAGCAGUGGGAGGACGGCCUGCAGCACCUCAGCUCCAUGUUCAGCUCUGAGAGGAAACAGACGCAGGCCAGCCGUCUGCAGCAGCGAGCUGAUCUGGAGGACGCCAUGUUCUCUUUAGAGCAGCAACACAAAGCGGCGAUGGACGAGAUCCACACGCUGUACAAAGACAGCAUCGCGGCGUACGAGAGCGCUCAUGACGACAGGGUAGCUGCUCUGGUCCAGGAGAACGAGCACAAGCUGGAGGAGAAGAACCUCCAGAACCAGGAGCUAGUGCAGAUCUGCAGUGAUGAAGCUAAGAAGGUCGAUGAUCUGAUCGCCAACAACCAACGACUCAUCCAGAAGACCAACGCAGACAUGAGGAACGUCAAGAAUCUGCAGGAUCUUGUCAUCCAGCUGAGGGACAGGCUGAACUCCAGAAAGAAAAAGAACCAGCUGGUGGAGCAGGACCUGACGGCCGCCAGAGACCAGAUGAAAAGAAAGACUCUGGAGCUCCGGGAGCAGCUGACUCGGACUCAGAAGGAGGCGAGGAAACAGCUCGUCGACCUCUCCGUCCAGGGCCACAACGCCACCAAGAGACUGGAGGCCGUCAUCGCCAAGGGGGAGAAGGUUCUGAACGUGGCUGACAUGUGUCAGAAGCUGGAGAACAGGCAGAGGAACCUCUCAGCAUUGUUCUCUGCAGAGGAUCAUAGAACACAGACGCAGGAUCCAGCAGAGGUAGGACGUGAUCCGAGCUGCAACCAUUCAACGGGGGCGCCAGCGUUCCCGGAGCUGCAGCAGGUGACGAGGAGCAUCAACUCUGCCGUGCUGCAGCGAGAAGCUCUCAAGAAACACAAACACGACCUGACCAGAGAGAACCAGCAGCUGAGACUUCUGCUGCGUCAGCACCUGGACAACAUUACGGUCAGCGACAGCGCCCUCGAUGGACCCCGCGGUCUGCUCGCCGUGAGCCAGGCGCCGACCACCACGACUCCACUGGACAACAAGAGACGCCACACUGUCAUCGAGGGCGUCCACGCCGUCAAACACUCACUGUAGAACUCCUGUUCACCAUGACUUAAACAGCACGACUUCACCAGCUGUUAAAGGUCCAACUGAGCGAUGGCGGAUUGUUGAGUCUCAUCCCAACUCGUCACAUACUGACUCUGGAUUGGUCGAUCGGGCCAAAGCGUCAGUAUUUUAGAUGAGACAAGCAACCAUCUACAGUUGGGUCAGUUUGUUGUUAACACUCAGUUUGAUUGAACGUUUUCUUUCAUGACGUAUUAAAUAAAUUUUACUCAUGUUAAAGGUUAUGAAUUAACAUCUGAAGGCCGUCGUCAGAUCACCUUCGUCAGGUGUGUCCAACUUUGUUUCAUUGUCUCAAAUCUGAACAUGUUUGAUCAAAGCUGAAACAAAUAAACUGCUGGGUGUUCCUGAACGCA